AUAAACGACAUAGCUUUAAUAGGCCGUCAAGAACACUGCGUUGGUCUCUGACGGUGGUUCUCGUCGAAGGUCAAGUAUGAGAAGAAUGUCGUAGAGAAACUCCUCGUCGAGCAGGCGCAAGAAUGUGACAGCCAGUGGUCCCAGAUCUACUUUUUGAGCAGCUUCUGUGCGUCUUUGAAGAUGAUGAAAUAGAAGCAGGACCAAGAGAAGCUGCAACAAGCUGCGGCCCGCGCCGCGCUCCUGGAGGUAGGUACCUGGAAGAACAUCACGAGCUGCGUCGACUCAAGAAAGCUGCGAGCCACUCCGCGGAGUUUAUCUGAUUGGCACAAGAAGAACUUUCCCAUUCUUACCCCCACCGCAGCGUAGGUGUAGAACCUCUUUUGCGCGGCACUAUUUUUACCGAAACGCGCGGAGAGAUCAUGGACGCGACGGUAGGGACGCUGCACGAAGACCCCAACGGGCAGCUCUGGUGGGAAACGAAGUACACUGAUGCAGACGCGAAGGACGCAAAGACCUGGGGUGAGAGGUUUGUGGAGUGGGCGUUGAUGGCCCAGAAGGACCGGAGUAUUCUGCCCGAGAAAUAUCAAAUGCAAAAAUGUCUGGGUCUGGAAGAGUUGGAACUUGUGAUGCAAACUCUGGAACACGCAAAAACUUGUGUUGCAUGAGCGCCAAAAGCUGUCCAUUUCUUGGUCCGCAAGUAGGAAGUUUCUCAUGCGGGACAGGCAUCAUAAGGCGUGCUGAAAACCUGUGAUGCUUUUGACUGCAUCAGACGCCAUUUGCGUGAUCCGAAAAAUGCAUGACAAAUCUCGUAAUCUUCCAGACCCAGACAUUUUUACAUUUGAUAAGAAACAGAAAAGAACCAUUUCCGAGAACCGUACUAUGCAGUCCUUCUUGAAGAAGAUAGAGAUACAGUUAGAAAUUCUGUUGCAGCACUCCUUUUGCAAGAUGAAUAAGUGAUUUAUUAUAGCUCCUACGUAGAAGUCCUCUUUGAGGUCCUGCAACUACUGCAUGACAGAUGUAUAAUUGGAACUUCUACAUGUCUUGUUGCCAACGCAUGAUUGGAACGAUAAUUUCGCGGACCCGCAUGAUCUCCUGGAUGGUGUUUUGAUAGUGGUAAUAUUAAGUACUCCUACUUAGCCGCCCUAAUAUAGUUGUUGACACUAUCCAAAACAAAAUUUCAGGAACCGGGUCCGGAGGCAGCCUGGGGCGGAACUUGAUGAUGAAGAGACGGACCAUAUCCUGAGUAAAAACGUACCCACACCAGAGUCAGGAUGGGGAUUUUGCAACACAAACCUAGGAGUUUUAGGAGUCACGCAUGACAAGUUUCAGUCCGUAAGGUAGUGCAGGCUAGCAAGGACACACGCAUCACAAAUCGAUCUGCUGAUCCUGUUUACAGCAUUACAAGUUCCCAAACACGAUUGAAAAUGCCUGUCGUGGGGUUGCGGAUCACAAAUGUUCCUGUCAUGGCAAAUCUGCAUGACAACUCUGGGGUGGGGACGUUUUUACACAGGAUAGACCACAGCGACGGAACAGAAAGCCAUGGAGGAAAAUGCGGACCUGCUGCCCCUAUGCAUUGCAAAUAUCGAUCUGGGUCUGGAGGAGUGAUGCAAGACUUGUCAUGCAGGUUUAACCUGACCACCAAGAGAUGGAGAUUUGGAAAAAUGCGGGACCUAGCGUGACAGACUCUUCUGUGAGGAGUUGUUCUCUAAUAUCAUGGCUAUCCUGCAUGAGUAGAAAUUCCCUCCGAUAACUUGGUCGAAAGUGGGCACCUCUUGGUACUGAUGCAACACAGAUUUUAUUUGCAUGAUUCAGAUUUGAUAAUCGAUGACAAGUUCGUUGUACCACCUACAACUCAUCCAGACCCAGAUCGAUAUUUGCGGUGGAUAGCCCCCGGAGCGGCAGAUAGUGGCCAAUUGGCUGUUCAAGAGCGAGGACGUGGCCAUGAAAUAUGGCGAAAGCUUUUUCGUACCGGAGGUGAAUUUGGAAACCGGCGAGCUCGUGAAACCGGUCACGAACACCCUGGCCCGCUCGCUGAUGUGGAUCCGCUACGACGGCGUCGACCGGGUGUACCAGGGCCGGUGUCCGCAUAACAACGGCGAUCUGUGCAGGGGCGACUUAACAGACAUCGAGGACAUGCUGGGAAAGAAGAAAAUUCCGCCACCGUCGUCCCCGCCCUGCGUUCAUCUUCCUGGCGGGACGUCGACCCCGGGCUCGUUGCCGACCAUCCAGGGGUAUGAAAUGCAAAUAUGUCUGGGUCUGGAAGAGUGCAAGACUUGUCAUGCAGAUUUUACAUGACAGACCCGUGACGCCUGUAAUGCAUGACCUGGCAUCACAGAUUUUUAGAGGCCUUUCUGAUGCCUAUUGCGCAUGAAAAUUUCCCUCCCCGCGUAGCACAAAUUGGACCCCUCUUGCUGGUCAUGCAAUACAGAUUUUUUUCGAAUCCAAAGACAGCAUCACAAGUUGCAACCUUCCAGACCCGGACAAGUUUGCAAUGCAUAAGGGGGGAAACAGCAGCAGCGGGAGCGGGACCUCUUCGUCCUCCAGCAGCUCCUCCGGAGCGAACUCGAAUUCUAGCUCCUCCUAUCAUUUGUAAAAACGUCCCCACCCCAGAGUUGUGAUGCAGAUUUGCAAUAACAGGAACAUUUGUAAUGCGCAUCUCCAUGAGAGGCGUUUCUAGUCGUGUUUUGGGAUUUGUAAUGCUGUAACCAGGAUGAGCAGAUGGAUUUGUGAUGCGCUUGUCCUUGCUAACCUGCACUACACUACGGACUGCAACUUGUGAUGCGUGAGUCCCAAAACUUCUAGGUUUGUGUUGCAAAAUCCCCAGGUUGACUCUGGGGUGGGGAUGUGUUUAUACAGGAUACCUCCGCUUCGUCGCCCUACGAGUCCUGCCUCUCCUCGGUUGCCGCGGGUAUCCUAUGUAAAAACGUGCCCACACCAGAGUUGUCAUGCAGAUUAGCAACAACAGGAGCAUUUGUGAUGCGCAUGCCCGAGACAGGCACCUCCAAUCGUGUUUUGGAACUUGUAAUGCUGUGAACAGGAUGAGGAGAUGGAUUUGUUAUGCGGAUUUACAGGCUACACUGCACUACACUACAGCCUGCAGUUUGUCGUGCGUGAGUCGCAAAACUUCUCGGUUUGUGUUGCAAAAUCUCCAUCUUGGCUCUGGGGUGGGAACGUUUUUGCUCAGGAUAGCGGGGCCAGCUGCGUCUAGUACCUCCACCAGCCUGCUCCCCUCGCCGAGUGUGGUAUCAUCCACAGCCGGGGGGGUGGACACAUAUAAUAACUCCGGAGCAGCAGCUGGCGCAUUUGAGGUUUCUAACGUUUCCGGAGCUGCUCCCCCGCGCGCGAGAAAGAAAAAGAAGCUCACGCGACAACACGCCAUAUCCUGAGUAAAAACGUACCCACACCAGAGUCAGGAUGGGAAUUUUGCAACACAAACCUAGGAGUUUUGUGAGUCACGCAUGACAAGUUGCACUCUGCAUUGUAGUGCAGGUUAGCAAGUGCAGCCGCAUCACAGAUUCGUCUGCUCAUCCUGUUCACAGCAUCACAAAUUCCAAAACACGAUUGAAAAUGGCUCUCAUGCGGAUGCGCAUUACAAGUCUUCCCGUCUUUGCAAAUCUGCAUUGCAACUCUGGCGUGGGUACGUUUUUCCCCCGGAUACGCCAACACGGAGCCUGAGGACAGUUCCACGACGAAUUUAGACCGAAAAAUGAGCGACGACGCGGCAGACGAGAGCUUCGUCAACAUGCUAAAAGAGGCGGGCGGAGUGCCGAAACAAGCGAGCCCGGUGCGGGAAGCCGGGCCGAUGGUAAGUGCAGGAGGCUUUCUUGGAGGUGCGCAGGAACUUCUACAGGGAGUAGAUACGGCUAAUGUAGAAGGGGAAAAUUAUAACACCAGCGGCAGCGGCAGUGCUGUCACGGCACAACAAGCUAGUGCUACUUCAAGCACCUCAUCCACCGCGCACAACACGCUACCUCUGUUUAUGGACCGGGCCCCAAGUGUGAACGACAUCCUUCCAGCACCGACUCCUGCUGCUGACCCAUCUUCGUCAAGCUCUACCUCGUCCUCUGCCGGAACGGUAGCCUCGCGCUAUCACGACGCACUCGAAGCAGAGCAGGAAGUCGCGCAGCUUCCGCAAACGGAGGAGUCGUCUUCUUCAGCAAAAAACGCCCUGUCACCCUCCUCCUCCGCACCUCCACCGCCCGCCAACCUGCUUGCGGCGCCAAUCGAGCUUUUUCCGCAGCAGCAAAAUCCGCAGGAGGGGGGCGGCGGGCUGGUGACUACACCAGCGGGAACUACUACUACAGGAACAGCGCCAAUCUUCGGUGCAGCUGGUGGAGGUCCUACUUUCGGAGCAGUACAAGGUAGUAGUUCUUCCUCCUCCUCCUCCUCCCCUUCCAGGCCGCCUUUACUGUUCGGGAGUACAAUUGACCCUCGGCGGCGCUUAUCGGGAGGAGGUGGUGCAGCUACCGUGGUGGAUCCGAUCAUUCUGGACCCCGCGUUGCAAUCCCUGAGCCGAUGUUCCGUUGCAAACUCCUCGCAAAAUAACCAGAUUUUUCUCAACCAAGACGCGGGCAGCUCGAAUCGGUCCAGGAGCACGCCAAAGGCCGGCAGCUCUGUUUCGUCGUCGAAAGAAGUGAAUACGAACAAUACCGGUUCGUUGGAAACCACUCCGGAUGGCGCGGCGCGGAGUCGUAUCCUGUGUAAAAACGUCCCCCCCUCCCCAGAGUUGUAAUGCAAAUGUGCAAUGACAGGAGCAUCUGUAAUGCGCAUCCCCAUGAGAGGCGUUUCCAGUCGUGUUUUGGCAUUUGUAAUGCUGUAAACAGCAUGAGAAAAGGGUUUUCCCAUGCGGUUUCCCUUGCUAAGCAGCACAACACUGCAGAUGAAAAACUUGUCGUGCACAACACCCAAAACUUGGAGAUUUGUGUUGCACAUUUACCAGCUUGACUAUGGGGUCGUGGGGACGUUUUUGCUCAGCAUAAGUCGGGACGGAUCGCCGCGGGCCCGCCGGAUGAGCGACUUGAUGGACCAAUCCUGCUUGGCAAACAAUCCAAGGUAUCCCAGAGAAAAAAGUUAGCAGGGCAUAUUUGUUGUAAGAUCUCGUCCAACAAAAGUCGGACCAUUAUUCAAGUAAUGCCCCCAAAAACCAUGCAUGCAUCCCGAUCCCCCCCCUCCCCCCCAUUACUCAGUGCAGGGAAAAGGUGGCCCGCGCCGCUGUUCCCCCCACGGUAGGGUGGUGAUUUGGUUACUUCUUUCUGUAUCUAUUCGUCGCGGCCCUUCGCAAAGCGGUUCCGCGGCGGGACGCCCCUCACAAAUAGUAUACCUGAUCGCCAAAACCCCAGAGCAAUGGCCCUCAUCGCAGCGAGAAAAAACAAAGAAAAAAACUCGCGCGCGUCGUGACCUUCUUAAAAAAGAAGGCCGCGCCUUCCUCAGCCACCCAAAAUUUUUGGCUUGGCGCGGCGCUGCGCGCCGCUCGUUUGUUUUGUUUUUCCUCACCCAACACGUAGGGGCGUGCAGAAUUUUCGUGAGAGUGAGAGGAAAAAAGCGACGGCGGGGUGUGCUCGCUACCCAGAAAGGGGAUUUUUUAGGGGGCCUUAGGGGUCGAAAUCGAUUGGGGUUGCGAUGGCCCCACCCGAAGAAACCCCGACGACCCAAAAGGGGACUUUUUAGGGGGCCUUAGGGGUCCCCUUACCCCGUUUGAAAUGGGAGGCCGGGCGCUCGCUCUUUUUCCUCGGCCCCGUUUCAACAGUCGAAAACCGAACACCCAGAAAGGGGGCUUUUUAUUGGGCCCUAGGGCUCGAAAUCGGUUGGAGUUGGGAUGACCCCCAACCGAGGAAACCCGGACGACCCAAACGGGGGCGCUCCAGGGGGCUCUAGGGGCCCCCUUACCCCGUUUGAAAUGGCUUGCCGGGCGUUCGCUCUUUUUCCUGUUCCUGCAAUGCAACUUGAUGGACCAAUCCUGCUUGGCAAACAAUCCAAGGCAUCCCAGAGAAUAUACAAGUUAGCACAUGUCACGGCUAUGUCUGUAGCUACUUGGAGGAUACAUAUAGAGGAUGGGUAUAAGUCUGUAGCCUACUUGGCAUGGAUAGAUAUGCCAUAUACAUACAUAUAUGUAUACAAGUCUGGGCAGACUAGACUGCAUGGUCAUGUAUACAGUAGUACACUACUGCAUGCAGAGUCUGUAUGUAUACAAGUCUUGCAUGGUAGAUAUGCCCAGACUUACUACAAGUAGAUAUGCCCAGUCUGUACAGACUUGGAGGAUAUGUAUGUGCAUACAUACAUCCCAGAGAGGGGUAUAUGUCUGUAGCCUACUUGGCAAACAAUCCAAGUUAGCGGGGCAUAUGUCUGUAUAUGCAAAAAUAAAUACAGAGAAAAACCAAAACGAAAAUCUAUCAUGGGCGGCCCCAUAGCGUGCUGCUCAGGGUAUGCAGUACAAAUCUUUUUGUCUAUUUAUUUUUGCAUUUACAAAUAUGACCUGCCUGCUUUUUUCUGCGUGAUACAAGGGCCGGCGGCGGAACUGGUGUGGAACCGUUGUUCGGCGAGGUGUUUAGUGUUCUUCUGCCGUUUUAAGUAGAUCUCCCUGGUGCAUUUAAGUAGUACAACAUCAGACGAUAGCUAUGAUGAUUUGUGCGCGGCAGCGCACUGUUCCUUCCAAUUUCAAUGCUGAUUCCAAUGAUACGUAAACGAACCAGGACCCUGCGACUGGCGAACAGGACAACAUCGUUGCCGGGGUCGACACCGUGGCCUGUGACGACGCGUUGGAUCCAUUAAACGACCGGCAGAAGUUUCUGCCCAUGACGCCCACCCCGAAGAGCAAGUGGGAAUCGUCGAUACUGGAGGUAAGAGAGUCCUCUAUAAUGAAAGUUUUUCUUCUUCGACAACAUUGCAGAAACAUUGCAUGACAUAAUUUCAUGAAGAAGAAAAUGUAUGUUUGAUGUUUCAUUGAAGCUGUGGCUUCAUAUGACGUGGUGUGACUGUGAGGUCUUGUACUUGUCAAAAAUAAUCUUAAGGUGAUGCCGCAACUCCCGGCAAAGGACUUUCCCGACGCCAACGGGGACUACCACGCGCACAACGCCUAUGCUGAGUAAAAACAUGCCCACCCCAGAGUUGUCAUGCAAAUCUGCAUGCCAAAAUGAAAAUUGUUUCUGAUGCGGAGCUCCAUGCGAGGCAUUUCCCCGUCGUGUUUUGGAGUUUGUGAUGCCCAAAUCAUCAUUAUAUGCUAGAUCUGUGAUGCGGCUGGAGCUAGCUAAACAGGAUUAAUUCACUACGGGGCCAAAUUUUUUGUCAUGCGAAACAACCAAAGCUGGUUGAUUUGUCUAGCAGAUUUCCCAUCUUGACUCUGGUGUGGGGAUGUUUUUACAUAGGAUAACGCCCGGAAAAAUCGCCUCAGCUGCGGGUCGAACGCGAGCAACAGCGUCAUAUCAAAUGCAAAAAUGUCUGGGUCUGGAAGGUUGCAACUUGUGAUGCUGUCUUUGGAAGGUAAAAAAAAUCUGUAUUGCAUGACCAGCAAGAAGAGCUUUUCAGUUUGUGCUACUUACGCGGAGUGGGCGUUUCUCAUGCGGAAUACGCAUCAGAAGGCCCUUUAAAUAAAAUCUAUGACGCUAGGUCAUGCAUUACAGGCAUCGUGGGUUGUGCAAAAUAUGCAUGACAAACCUGGCAAUCUUCCAGACCCAGACAUUUGUGCACUUGAUACGUCAGCGACCAGUUCCAAACCGCGGAGCGGGACAAGAAUAAAAAGCGCGAACUACCAACGGGAAAAAUCCCCCCUCCCCAUAUCGAAACGAAGUUUCUGAUGCUAGAUGUGCGUACACAAAUCAGGUCUGUCUUGCUGGAGAGGACUGCAGGCAUUUGCUAAGCCUGAGUCGAGAGGUUUUGACGUAGGCGACUAGCAUGACAAACGUCUAUGCUGUAAGCUCAACAGCAUCACAAACCGCCUGCAUAACGCGGCGGACUCUCUGGCUUUGCCCCUUUUGCAACACAGACAGGAUUUGUGCUCACAAGUCUGCAUCUCAAAUUUUCAGACGGAUGCGCUUUCAAUAUGGGAAGGGGGUAUUCUUCCUCACAAUAUGAACGGUCGUUAGAGGCCGAGGAGAACCUGCGAAGGCAUGUCAUGACCUAUCAUAAGGAAAAAUCCCCCCUCCCCAUAUCGAAAAGGAAAUUUGUGAUGCUGAUUUGUGGAGACAAAUCAGCUUUGUCUUGCGUACAAGGCAAACGGCACCCAUGUGGCGCAUUGUACAGCGAGUCUGUCAUGCGCUUUCGCAUAUUUCAGACUUGCUUCUCAUGCUCAGCUGCUAGCCGAAUGCGCACCCAAAUGGGCUUAGAAUAUGCCACCAGGCUCUACUUGCUGCAAUACAAAGCUCAUUUGUGUACACAAAUCCAGCAACACAAAUUGUCUUCUGAGUAUGGGGCUUUUUUCACUUUGAUAUGACCUCGGGAGGCAGCGGCUCGGCGGAAAAGAAAAAACCGGAGUCGAAACUAACGGGCGGAAUGUAUCAUGAGGAAAAAUCCUCCCGCCUCCCCAUAUCGAAAACGAAAUUUGUCAUGCUUGAUUUGAGUACGCAAAUCAACUUUGUAUUGCUAGAAGGCCAAGAGGCGCCGUCGCCUCCUCGUUUUCGGGCAAUUUGUCAUGGUGUUUCCCACUUGUCUAGUUGCCUCCUGUCAUGCUGAAGAUGCAAGGCUUUCCCACGCCACCCAGCACUACAGUCCGCAUCUUUUCCAUUCUAGCAUGAUAAAAUAAUUUGGGUACACGAAUCCCGCAUCACAGACUUCCAUUUUGAUAUGGGGAGGGGGGAUUUUUCCUCUCAAUAGAAUGGGCGGAUCUUCUUCCUCUACUCUACCCGUGCAGCUUCACGGGCCUGCUGCUGGAGGUAGUGCAACUGCUUCGUCUUCAGGAACUUCCGGUAGUAACAUGAUUACCCCGCCCCCAUCCGCUGCAAGAGACCGCCAUUCGACACAGGGGGGUAGCCGGAGCCGGACAAACAGCGGCCUGUCGCUCUCCGGGAAUAACAAGGGCCUCCUGCGCGACCAGGUGGACCAACUACAUGCGAAUAUUACUCACCAAACCAGUACAACUUCUAGUAGUUCCAGCGAAUAUAAUAAUAAUUACCACGCGGCGUCGCCCAUGGAACCGAAGACACUGAGGAUGCAGCCCUCGAUCCCGGGGUCAAGCAGCAACGCGCAGCUCGGGAAGGCGCUGUUUGCCGUGCCAGAGACGGGCACGGCGGAGGAGGGCAUGGAGGUGGUUAAUACCGGGGCGGCGGGACUGGAGGAUUUACGAGGACAAAAUGCGUCUGUCUCUUCCGGUCGUUGUGUUGAGGAACAGCAUAAGCAUGGCGUCAACUCUUCUAUUCUGCCCAGCCGAAGCUCCUCGUCCGACGAACCAGACGACCAUGAUGUCCGGGCGUUCAACGUCGGUGGGAUGCGGGCAGAGUUAGCUGUCGUCGCGGAGGAGGCGGGAUUGCAGGCGGGUAGUACUAAACAUCAUGCGAAAGGAGCAGGGGCAUCAAAAUUCUCGGAUGAGCAACUGAUUUCUGCGGCAACGAUUUCGACCUCCGCGGGGUCGAAUCCGAGCGCUUUUGAGGUUUCACUUUCAUCCUCGAAGGCAGGGGUAGUUGUGCAGGAACAGCAGGAACGAGUGAUUCCUGACAUGGUCGCGAUUCGGUGCCCCAUGCACCACUGGCGGUUUCGCGUGAGCGACGGGCGCAAGGUGAGUACGAAAGGGGAACUGGAAAACAACGUGCCGGACGGGCACCGGCUGAAGCGGUGGGAGCACAAGUUUGUCGACGGAAAGCUGUGGGUGAAGCUGGGGAAGCGGAUUUCUACAGAGAAAAAGGCGGAGGAAAUGAGUACCACCGCGGACGAGGGAGAAAUAACGGUAGACCAGGUGAAUGUGAAAAAUAAAGGAGCUACUGCGACAGGGACGUCGAUAUUACAAAACGGGGCGCCACAGGCUGUGAACCUGCAAAACAACCCGCAGUCCCACGUUUUCUCCACGCCGCUGUGUGGCACGGAGAGCAACUACUCUACACCGCAGUUGGAAUCCGCCCUGAGCACGGACCCAGCGGCUGUUGGAACCGUCGCAGUCUGCUCGGGGCAGCAGGCACAAGUGGGCGGCACGCCGGACCCGGCGAAGCCGCGGAAAAAGAAAAACACGCUGGGACGGUACCACAGUGCAGAUUGAGGAAAAUGUACGAGGCGAGCGGUCCGCGUACGAUAGUCAAAUAGAGCACACUGGUGGUCCAUGCCGAACGAUACAACAACUUUUUUUACAGUGGAAAUCGACACGUAUACAGAGGACGAGCAGGAGUAUUACAUUAUUGCGAGCUCUUGCUCUUCUUGAAAAUCGAAACGGAACCUAAAAUAUCAAUCACGGAGAAAUUUGGAGUUGUACUUGUUUACAUGAAAGCGAAUAUUCCGCGGACGCGUCCUGAUGAACGAGCGGGGUAGAAUUUUUUGCCACUUCAUCGAUUUUUG